CGCGACAGCGCGGGGAGGGUGCCCCGGCUCGCGGUGGAAACGUUGGUGGCCUGGAUCCUCCCCUCCGGAGGCCUGUGUCCCUCUCGUCCUCCUUAGCGCCGCCAGCGUGGGGCCACAGCGCGGCUGGUGCUGGUGUUCUUCAGCUUUCCCCAGGUCCCUGCCUGCCUUGAAGAAGGAGUCUUGGCCCCACGCUGGAAAGUUUAUGCUGUCCUCCAGAGAGCACGAGUGAUGUCAUUCUGAAAAUUAAGCAUCGUUGUAGGCAGGUCUGGACCAUUAGUCUGGAUGCAAAUGAACGUGUAGAAAGCUCUCCAUUCCUCUUCAGAAAAAAGACACAAGAUUGUUUAAGCAACCAGAGCUUCUGACUGCUUCCCUUCUUUGGGCUUGUUAGGAGGAGAAAUGGCAAGCAAAAAGCGAGGUGAAGUACAGUUACAGAUCCAGACAAAUCUGAGAAGCCCCACCUAUGAGCACAUGAGGCUUUGGAGGGACAUCUAUAUACAAGGCAUAACAGCUUGGUUUUUGCAGACAGUCAUCAACAGUCAAAGCCUGUGGGAAGAAAUGCUGCAGAACAAAGGAUUAACAGUGAUUGAUGUUUACCAAGCCUGGUGUGGACCCUGCACAGCCAUGCAGCCUUUGUUCAGAAAACUGAAAAAUGAAACAAAUGAAGAAAAAAUUCUGCAUUUUGUUGUUACACAUACCUUAUCUUUUUACCAUACUGUGGAUUCUGAGGAAGAGCUGAGGUACGAAGGCCCAUCGGAAGCAUGUUUUACCUGUGCACAGGACUCUCCUAACAGGAGGAGGCAGGUGCACACCCACAUAAAGAGUACAGGAUUGAAAGGGAGAGCAGAAGCUGACAAUAUUGUGACUUUGCAAUCAUUUAGAGACAAAUGUGAACCUGUUUUUCUCUUUAGUGUUAAUGGCAAAAUUAUUGCAAAGAUUCAGGGUGCAAAUGCACCACUAGUUAAUAAAAAAGUUAUUACCUUGAUCAAUGAAGAGAAGAAGAUUGCAGCAGGCGAAAUGGUUCGCCCUCAGUACCCUGAUAUUCUGCUCAUAGAGUUAGAAAAGACUAGGAAAAAACCUGAAAGGGAAAGGUAUAGUAUUGCUAUUAUCAAGCCAGAUGCUGUGCUUAAAAGGAAAGCUCAAGAGAUUAAAGAAAAAAUCACCAUGGCAGGAUUCGUCAUAGAAGCAGAGGAAAAGACCAUGUUCACUGAAAAACAAGUGAGGGAUUUCUACAGUCAGAUAGCAGACCAGCCUGACUUUGAAGAGUUCCUGUCUUUUAUGACAACUGGUCUAAGCAAUGUGCUAAUUAUAGCUCAGGAAAAAGAACAGGAUCAAGUGGAAGAAAAUGAGACAGAACUCAAAGAAACAUCUGAACCUCCAACUGAGAGUGAAGUCAAGAAGUGGGACAGUUUGCAAAAGUAUCUGGAACAACAACAUAUAUCUCAGUUUUGCGAUGUUGAAGAUGAUGAAGCUAAUGUAACAAAGUUCACUGAUGUCUUCUUCCCUGAUUUUAAAAUAGCCAAGGGCAAGAAAUUGCAAAGGACACUGGCAUUACUGAGACCAGAUCUCCUUGAAAAGCAAGAUGAUGUUUUAAAAGUUAUUAAAGAUGAAGACUUUGAAAUACUGAUGGAAAGACAAAUAGUAUUAUCAGAAGAAGAAGCAAAAAUGCUGUGUAAGGAGUAUGAAAAGGAAAACUAUUUUGAGGCCCUUAUAGAAAAGAUGACCAGGAGUCCAUCUCUCGCCCUUGUUUUAUUGAGAGAGAAUUGUGUGCAACACUGGAAAGAGUUACUGGGACCAAGGACUGUUGAGAAAGUCAGUGAAUAUCAUGCAGAGAGUUUAUGUGCACAGUUUGCAAUGGGAAAUUUGCCUAUCAACCAAUUGUAUGGAAGUGAUUCAAUGGAGGCUGCUGAAAGGGACAUAGAGUGUUUCUUUCCUCCUGAGAACACUUUGGCAUUGAUUAAGCCUCAUGUGACACGUGAACAAAGAGCAGAGAUCCUGAAGCUCAUCAAGGAGGAGGGGUUUGAGCUGACUCAGAUGAAGGACAUGCUCCUCACUCCUGAGCAAGUGGGGAAGAUUUAUUUCCAAAUAACAAAGAAAGACUUCUACAAAGACAUCGUAGAAGUAUUGUCUGAGGGUCAGUCUUUGGUCAUGGUUCUGACCAAGUGGAAUGCUAUUGUAAGCUGGAGACGGUUGAUGGGCCCAGUAGACCCAGAAGAAGCAAAACUCCUGUCCCCAGACUCCAUCAGAGCCCGAUUUGGAAUAAACAUCUUGAAAAACGCUGUCCACGGAUCAACUAAUCAUUAUUCAGCAACAGUGAAUAGCAAUGCAUUAUUUGAAGAGGAUGCAGGGGAAGAGUAAGGAUGAAGAUUGUUACCUCCAGAAGAAAGCAAAUCUAGUGGGAUGACAAGUGAAGAAUGAUUGGCAAAAGAGGAGGCUCUCCGUGGAGCUACAUCUUGUUUGUAGCUCCUGUUAGCAAUGAUUCUUCUAAUACCUAUAUAUUCCUCCUUUUUUUGUGGCAGAAGGAGCAUUAUUAUUUACUUAUACAGGAGAUUUGCAAGUAGUAUAUAAUUCAGUGCUGAACUGAUGGGUGUAUGUUUGUGAGUAGGAGCUGGAAAAGGUAAAGUAUGGAAUAGCCUUGGGUAAGAUUUUCAAAAUCAGAGGAAAGAAAGUGAAUUCAGUUUGUAAACUGUCAUCUUUGUCUAGACAGUCAUCUAUGUCUAUACCUUAGUGCUAGAGAUGUGCCUAAAGAGGCUUUGCUGGGUUCUGUCUUACUGUGUGCACUCCUCUGUAUCAUGUGGCUCUGAGAGAUGGUAUUGGUGGGUCUGUUUGAGACACUGAAGACUCAUUUGUGGAGAUCUUGCUAGAUGCAGGGUAUGGUUGUGGGAUGGGUUUGCAUAGCCCUUGUUCUAAAACACCUUAUAACUAAGAGCAGGAGAUAGAGAAUGAACAUGCGUUCUAGGGUUAGGGUAACUAGCGUGACUGCUCUGCGUAGAGGCAUGGAGGGCAUGGGAGGAGGAAUGAGAUACAAACUAUUCAGGCAGGAGGCAUGGUGAUAAUCUGCUGAGAUAGCAUAGAAAACAGUGGGUAGGGUUUGGAUGGGAGGAGAAAAUGAGUCUUAGUGGACGCAUUACCUCAGGAAGACUUGAUAAUUGACUAUGAUUGACCAGUAACUACCCCACCAAAGAAGUGGGACAAUAAAGCUUACUGUCUUGAGUAACUGAGAAAAUAAUAAACCAUCCCCAGAUGGAGAAUUUAGGAGAGAGAAGCAGAUUAGGAGGUAAUACCACGUGUUUUGUUUUGAUUGUGCUGGGAAGAGGAUAUUGGAAUUGGAAAUCACUCAGUCUCCUAGAUCUUUGGACCAAGAAGGCCCCACUAGAGUAACGUCACCAAAAUGCUGGGGCAGGCAGCUGCACGUGCACAUCCUUCCACAAAAAUAUUGAAGAAAUAGCCAGAAACUGUCCAACAUUUUUUUCCAGAAAUUUGGAAACAAGGGAAUGCUCAAACAAUACAAAAU